AUGUCCAGCCUCAAUGAAGAGGAACUUCGACGCGAACUCACUGAAAUCCUGACGCACCAACGUCUGGGGCUGGUCUGGGAACACAGUGCCAUUGAUCGGGAUAAGGCCAUCAACCGAGAUGUGGUGCUCCCACAUCUAAACCCUUCUGUCUCACAUAACCUAGGUGACCAGCCUUGUUCGAACCUGAUCAUCGAGGGUGACAAUUUCGAUUCGCUUCGCUUGCUUCGAGCGACACAUGCGAAUAAGGUUCGAGUAAUCUACAUCGAUCCACCCUACAACACCGGAAACAAGGACUGGGUCUACAACGACGACUACGUUGGGAAAAAUGAUCGCUGGCGCCACAGCCAAUGGCUGGAAUUCCUGUACCAGCGCCUGGUGCUCGCGCGCGAUCUGCUGGCUCCUGAUGGGGUCAUCCUGGUGUCGAUCAACGAUGAAAACCGUUCGCGACUGGAGUUGUUGAUGGAUGAGGUGUUUCCAGGGCGCAGAUUGGGCAGCCUGGUGUGGAGAACAAAGGACACCGGGAACGAUCUGUCACAGCGUUUCAGCCAUGUACAUGAGCAUGUGCUGGUAUAUGCCAAUGCGGGGUUCUCGUUCAAUGGUCGUGCCACGGACAGAAGCAAAUUCCGCAAUCCAGACAAUGAUUCGCGAGGAGACUGGUCACCACAGCCAUUAACUAAAGCUCAUUCGCACCUUGAUAGAGAAAACACGUAUUACCCUGUUCAAGACCCCGAAACUGGGUAUUGGUAUCCGUGCGAUCCAAACCGAGUAUGGGCUUAUGCCUCCGAACAAGUCAUUCGUAAACUGUGCAACCGUGAUGAAGAUGCCGUCAAAUCCGCUUUGGCUGCGUUGCGCAGCGACACGAUGGAGGCCCUGAUUGCUAAAAAGUUGAUUUACUUCCCGCCGUGCAAGGCCGAGGAGGUGAUGCGCUUCGAGUCCAAAGCGGAUUUGUUGUCCGCAAUCAAGGCAGGCAAAGGCCCUGCGUUGCCAAAGAAGAAAACACCCUUACUGCGUACAGACCUGCCGGAUCUAGACUUUUGGGUGGGAAAACGGGUGGCGCCUGGACGUCCUUCUCGCAAAGAGCACUGGAUCGCCAAGUCUGAAGCGGACCGACUGGCGCCCUUGAGCAGUUGGAUCGCCGGAAUGAACGAAGACAGUGACGGGGAGGACGUAGAACUGAUGCUGUUGCGUUCGACACGUGGUGGUGUCGCCACAGACGAAAUUAAAGGCAUAUUGGGCUCAAAAGUCUUUCCAUAUCCGAAACCCCUUUCAUUGCUCAAAGGCCUGCUCGCGCAGGCUUCCCGUCCCAACGAUAUCGUUCUGGACUUCUUCGCGGGUUCGGGCACUACAGGGCAUGCAGUUCUGGAACUCAAUGCAGAGGAUCAGGGCACCCGGAGUUUCAUACUCUGUUCCAGCACCGAGGCCACUGCCAGGGAGCCUGACAAGAACAUCUGCCGUGAUGUGUGUGCCGAGCGCAUGCGGCGAGUGAUGACCGGCUAUGGCAAGACGGCGGGCAUGGGAGGCCGUUUCGCCUACCUGAAUCUGGACAAGUUCGAUUCUGCUGACGUGAUCUUUGAUGCAAAGCCGGCCAACCUUCGUCAGCUACUGGCGCUGCGGUUUUGUGGCGGGGCCGUUCUCGACGACCCAGGGGCCGAUUCGAUCAACGUGUUAGCCAGUUCAACACAGACCGCCGUGAUCUACCUCCCGACGGUCACACAGGUCGCUCUGGAUGCGGCUGCACAAUUGCCACAGCCGCGGCUGAUGAUUUUUUCAGACAGACCGGAUUCUGUUCGAGAAAUUCUCCAGGCCAUGGGCAAAGAAUGCGACAGCCGUCCGGUGGGGCAAGAGAUUGUUUCAGGACAGACAGGUAGGUCUGCCUUGGACAUGGACGACCAAGGGAACGCAUGA